AUGCAGUUCUACUCAUCACUUGUCGGAGGUGCUUACUACUGGGAUUUGAGCUUCCAAAUGGACAGGUGGACAUCACAGGACGAUGCGGUGACGAUGCUGGACUCAACUCCGGUGUACUCCGAGGCCGACUAUCCCGAGUUGAUGCGAGAUGAAUUGUGGACGCACGUGGACUGCAGCCAUUUCUCGAAAGUGAACGAAUCUGCGCUGCACGGAGGCGAUGCCAUUUGA